AUAAUUUCCUUUUGAAAGAAUGGUGUUUAAAAAAUAUCAAAAGAAAAACAGCGGAGGGGAAAGAAAGCAGCAGUUGCGCUCCUGGUCAUGACGCGGUCAGUGAUGCCGUAGCCAAGGCGACCACAGCAGCAGACAACCGACACUCCAACCAUCAGACAACAAAUAUACAAAUUUUGUCGGAGUGUAUUACUCCAAUUUUUUCUCCUCUUUGGUGCCUUCACCGUCUGUGCAGUUCUGUGGAGCGACAGGUACGGUUUUCCUUCCUCGCAAAAAAACCAUCUCGAGCACGCAAUAGGAUACGUUCGGUCGCGCAAGUGCGUCCGGGCGUUGUGGUUGAAAGUUCACGCCAUUCAUGAAGACAGAUUCAUCUCUUCAGAAGCAGGGAGGUUGUGGUGGUGGUGAUACGGUGGGUGCAGAGGGAAGUCUAGCAUCAAUUGCCAUGACUACGACAGGAGCCCAGUAUGCCCUCACAGCAUCCACCGGAGCUAACGGCAGUGGGGGUAAUUCUACUACAGUAGGGGUGGAGCCUAAACCAAGCGUUGUUGUCGUGACUACUUCCAGUUCUAGUGGUGGUGCUAAUGUAGCUCAAACUCAAUCUACCAGAGGCCAACAGCUUAUCACUGUAGUUACUAGUCCUGAUCCUUCAAGUCCAAGUAAUUUACAGCCAAUUCAGUUGUUGGUUCAGGAUCAACUUGAAACAGCUGCAGAUUCUUCCAAUGGCUCAACAGGUACCCCAGCACAUGUUACAGCACAAGUAGUGGUCAAUACUACUCACUCUGGUCAGCAUACAUUUGUUGAUAGUGACGCUGCAUCCACAUCUGCUGGCACUAUUGUUAGUGGUUCUCCUCAUUAUAUAACAGUUACAGACACCAGUGAUUCACCAUCCUACGCAUCCCUCACAACGACAGUAGUAUCUGGGGAAGCAGAAGCAGUGGGGUCCGAAUCAGUGUCCCAUCCAACCUAUGUUCAAUAUGUUGAGGGGGAUGGUUCUACGUAUAUACCGGCGAAUAGUCAGAUGACAUAUCCAGUAUAUGCCGUAGGAGAGGCUGGUGCAAUGUAUACACCUGCCUCAAGUCAAUAUUAUACUCCAGCCUCAACACCAGUAACAUAUGCACAGGUUACAGCACAAGGAUCAAAUACUACUACUGGACAGUUAUUAUCUCAGGGCAAUGGCACUUACUUAAUCCAGCAAAGUGUUGUAGAUGGUGAUCCAACAACACAUACACUCAUAUCUGCUGCAGCUGCUGCUGCUCGAGCUAGUCCACAAACUGAAAAUGCGGAGGCUGUGGUUAGCGGGGGUGGCGGGGCAUACUUGAUCACUGGUAAUUCAGGAAGUGCUGCUGUUACCGUGGAAGAAGCAGCAGCUGCAGCAGCAAAUAUGACGCAUGCCACUAGGGUCUCUCAAGCCACAGUACAUUGGUUAUUGGAGAAUUAUGAAACUGCAGAUGGUGUCUCUCUUCCAAGAUCUACACUUUAUAAUCAUUAUUUACGCCAUUGUUCUGAAAACAAACUAGAUCCAGUAAAUGCUGCAAGUUUUGGAAAACUGAUAAGAUCCGUGUUCUUGGGCUUAAGAACAAGACGGUUAGGUACACGAGGGAACUCUAAAUAUCACUACUACGGAAUUCGUGUUAAACCUAGCUCCCCUUUGGUCAUGCUGAAUGAAGAUGGUACAUCACGUCAACAACAAACUACAAAUUCUCAAACUAAACGAUUUAAAUUUGUUAAUCAGAAACCAGAUCAAGCAUAUGAAAGCAAUACACAUUCAAAUACAAAUAUUUCUUCUAAUACCUCUCCGCCACAAUAUCAUCAGUAUCUUGGCGAAGCAAGUGGUGCAAUACCUGAAUUUCCAGAAAUACUUGUUGGACAUGGUUCCUCUUUACCUGAAGACUGUACAUUGGAAGAUAUAGAUACUUUUCGUAGUAUAUACAGAGAACAUUGUGAGGCAUUUUUAGAUGCUGUUUUAAAUUUUGAAUUUGCAACUGUUGAAAGUCUGUGGAGAGAAUUUUGGCGUAGUCAGGAUAAUAAUAAUGGUGAUGAGUGUGAAGAAGAAAAAUAUUUAUCAAAGACCAAAUUAUAUCAAAUGUGUAAGUGCUCUGAAGUCCAAGAUUUUAUCAGAAAAGUAGAUUAUACAUUUUAUCAAAACUUAGUGGAAGUAUUAAUGCCAAAUGUACUAAGACCAAUACCAAGUUCACUAACGCAAUCUAUUCGAAAUUUUGCAAAAGGAUUAGAAUCAUGGUUAAUUUCUGCCAUGGCUGAUUGUCCUGAAGAAAUGACCCAAAUUAAGUUAACAGCUGUCUCUGCCUUUGCUCAAACCUUAAGGCGAUAUACAUCAUUGAACCAUCUUGCUCAAGCUGCACGAGCAGUACUCCAAAAUUCUAGUCAAAUAAAUCAAAUGUUGGCUGAUCUUAAUCGAGUUGAUUUCCAUAAUGUACAGGAACAGGCAUCUUGGGUAUGUCAAUGUGAUUAUGGUAUGGUGCAACGUUUGGAGGCAGAUUUUAAAGUGACACUACAGCAACAAAACUCAUUAGAAGAUUGGGCAAUUUGGCUAAAAAGUGUUGUAACGCAAGUACUCAAACCUUUUGAAGAAAAACCUACUUUUGCUAAAGCUGCGCGCCAGUUUUUACUCAAAUGGUCUUUCUAUAGCUCAAUGGUUAUUCGUGAUCUCACUCUUAGAAGUGCUGCCAGCUUUGGUUCUUUUCAUCUUAUUAGAUUGUUAUAUGAUGAAUAUAUGUUUUAUUUAAUUGAGCAUCAAGUUGCUAUAGCUACUGGAACAACACCUAUUGCAGUAAUGGGAGAUAAAAGUCAAAAUUGUCCAAUAAUUAAUAAUUUUGGAGCAACAUCUAAUGGAGAUACAUCUAAUACAAGUCAACCUAAACGUAUUAAGUUGAGCUAACUGCGUGCCUACGCUUUUAAGUUCGUGAGUAAAAAGAUAGAAGAUAAAAAGAGAUUAUAUUUGAGAUCAUGGCGUACAAUUUUAGUUAGAAUAGGCGUCAUAAUCUUAUAAUCUCAUAAAAGAUAAAGAUUUUGAAGUAUUUAGCACGAAAGCAUGCAGGCCUAUUAAGACACACUAGUCCCGCGAAUUAUUUUAUAUAAGAAUAAAUCAUAAUUUAACAGAAUGUCAGACAACUAAGAUUUUUGCAUAAUAUUCAUAUUGUAUACAAUUCAAGUAAAUUUAUUAACAAUAAGUGAUAUAGGAAUACAUAAUGUAAAGAAAUGAGAAACAAAUCUUGUCUUAUAUGAUUAUUAUGACAAGUUUAACUUAUUAUUAAAAGAAAAUGUUUAGUUUGUUAAUUUACAUAAUCUAGUCGAAACACUAAAUGAAUGGGACCAUGAAUUUAUCAUGUCCUUUUAGCAUAUGCAAAACUUGUUCGAUCCAGUUUUCCUUAAAAAAUAUAAAUAUACAAUACUUGAAGUAAAAAAAAUAGCUUAUGAUAGAAAAAGCUAUAUAUGUUGAGUAUUUGAGGGCAAAGAAUAAAUCUGGCUUAUGAAUAAUAUAUCAGAUUUUAUGAAAAUGAGUAAUUUUUGAAUAACUGAGAUAAUCUCAUAUUGAAAGAUCUUUAAUUAUUAAAUGUGUGAUCGCGCUCUUCGCAUUUUUGGUAUAACAGCAGAGAGAGUGCGAUCGUGUUCGUCACAUUCAAACGAUUAGUUAAAACAAAUAGCUUUUUAUUUGCUUUCAUUCAAAGAAAACUGAAUCAAUCAAGUUCAAUUGGGUAAAUUUCAAGCUAUAAAAGGAAAGUGCAUGAAAAUAAAAAAUGGUGAAAAAGUAGAUUGUUACAUGGAUAAAGUCCAUUGUGCACAAUUUUUUGAAUAAUCUUCUAUGAUUCACGAAAUCCGCCCUGUCGAUGGUGUUGUCAAAAUAUUCCUACAGGAAGAGAAGUAAAUUAGAUAAUUAAGAUAGUAUAAACAUACAUACAUGUUUUAGAUAUGUCCUAAUAUGCAUAUUUUUUAAUGCGAUUUAUUAAUUGUACAUCGAGCAUCACGAUUUUGUUGAAAGAUAUCUAUUAAAACCCAUUCACAUUCUCUUGGUAUAUUUAAACGAAUAGUACAAAAUGCUGAUAAGUGUAGAUGAAACAGAGCAACGCGAUCGUUUUAAUUUACUGAAAGAAUAGAAUGUGGUAUCAAACUGUGUGUAUACGCGUGUGGUACACACACACACACUUAUAUAUAGAUUUGGAUCCUAUCCAAUAUAUAUAUAUAUAUAUAUGUAUAUAUAUAUAUAUGUAUAUAUAUGUAUAUGUGUAUAUAUAUAUAUAUAUAUAUCAAUAACUUGGCUUGUAAGAAAGUACAUGUCUGUUGAACUUUGGAUAACUACAAAAUGUAAUGAAUAGACACUGUUAGUGUCUUCAAACAUUCUAUGCAUUUAAAUUAUUUGAAAUUAUAAUUAAGAUAAAUGUCAGUAAAUAUAUGUUUUGUAUUUGUCGACACACAAGUGUCUUUUUGCUGUAUGAUAGAAUAAUAGGUAUAAGUGAGUAUUUUGAAAUUGAUGUUAUAUUUUGCUUGUUUACGUAUUAUUUUGAAGAGAUAAAUUAAGAUAAAUGAACAAUUCCAAAUAUUUUAUGUAUGUAGUAUGAUUUUUAUUUUCAUCAAAUAAGAAGUAUACAUACUGCUUUCAUGUACUGCUUUUCAAGAUUGUAUUUGUUAUUAUAAAUGACGUAUUGACUUAGCAUACACAUACAAGAGGGUAUAUAAGUACAAAAAUAAUGCUUACUAUUUAUUAAGUAGUCAAUAUUAUUAUUCGUAAAGUGCUUGAAAAUUUUAAAUAUGAUUGUUUUUUAAAUCAAUCGAUCUUUGUUUUUAUACAGCUUUGCAUUAAUGACAUUUUAUCCUUUUUUAAUUAAAUUUAAUUCUGUUCCAAUUAAUAUAAUAUAACAAGAAAUUAUACAAUUUCUUCAAUACUGUAUCAAUUUUUCUUUAAAAAUUUCGAAACUCUAUAUAUCUUAUUUUAAUCAGCAAUAUUGCUUUAAUUUGCAAUAAAUUUUUGCAUAUAUAUCUUUUCCAAAUUAUUUCAUAAGCAUCGAAAAUUAUAUAAAAGAAAAAAUAAUCAGUACAUAAUAUAUAAAUAUAAUCGGUACUAUUCAAUAUUAUAACAA